GCUGCGCACAAGUCAGCCCCUAGAUUGUUGUGCUCCCAAUUCAAAGCACGGAUCGAUAUGCGAUAAAAGAAUGGCAUGCUUCUCCAAAAGCUCUGAGUUAGAAGCUCCUAGUUCUAGUGCUGAGCAUUUCAGAAUUCAGAGACGUGGUGCAAGGGCUUAUGCGAGGCGAUGAGGAGGCACGAGAGAACGAAGCAGCACCACGGGAGCGGCGGCAGAAGGGCCGCACUGUGGCUCAUUACUGCCACAUGUUGCGCGCUUUAAGGAGACUGGAUUUGAAAAAAUAACAAAUGAAAUGGUUCAUAGAGUAUCAUCGUUAGGUUUGGACAGUGCAAGACGGCAGCAGCAACAAUCACCUGACGCAGAAUCUGCAAAACAUGUGUCAGCGCCGUCAAUGAGCGAAGUUACCUGCAACUGGAGCAAUCGUCACUCAGACACCUGCAAAAUGGAAGGUGACUUGCGGAUCCAUGGCAUGGCCGGCACAGUCUACGUCCUUUCAUCAUCCAACUUCCGACCAAACAACUCGACCAUCACAAUCCGGCCGUACACGCGGAAGUGGGAGCAAGAGACCAUGCUGAGGAUUCGGGAGGUCAGCAUCCGGUCCACUGCGCCAGAGCCUUUCAGCUUCGUCAUCCCGCCCAAGUGCACCGUGAGGCACGACGUGCCAGCGGUGGUCUUCUCUACCGGCGGCUGCGGCACCAACUUCUUCCACGCCAUGACUGACCUCAUUGUCCCACUCUACAUCACAGCCCGUGAGCACAACGGCCACGUCCAGCUGCUUGUCGCCGACUACCAGCCUGAAUGGGUGGCCAAAUUCAGACCGAUCCUCACUGCACUGUCCAUCUACCCGGUCAUAGACUUCGACGCGGACACUGCCGUGCGCUGCUUCCCGUCGGCGCAUGUCGGGCUCGAGAGCCACAGGAUACUUGGCAUCAACCCGGCGCUCUCCCGGAACAGCUACACUAUGAUGGGGUUCCGUGACUUCCUCCGCGACGUCUUCUCGCUGCGGCGGCCAUGGGCUACACCCGUAAGCAGGAGCAGCGGGCAGAAGCCUCGGCUCGUCUUUGUCCUGCGGCGCCACUCUAGGGAGGUGACGAACGAAGUGGAUGCCAUCGCUGCUCUUGCCGGUCUCGGCUUCGAGGUGGUCGUUGCGGGACCGGAGGACGUCCGCGAUAUGGCCAAAAUCGCAGGGGUGGUGAACUCGUGCGACGUGAUGGUGGGCGUGCACGGCGCAGGGCUCACCAACAUGGUGUUCCUGCCGCACAACGGCACCAUAGUGCAGAUCAUCCCGUGGGGAAACUUGAAGUACCCAUGCCGGUUCGACUUCGGCGACCCGGCGCCGGACAUGGGACUCCGCUACGUCGAAUACGAGGCGAACGCGGAGGAGACCACGCUCAAGUACAAGUAUCCGAGGGACCAUCCUGUGUUUACCGACCCGAUCUCCAUAGAGCGCAGCGGCAAACUUUGGGAGACCUUCCUCGAGGGCCAGAACGUCACACUGGACAUCGACCGGUUCAGAGAGGCAAUGCAGCAAGUGUACAACUCCAUCACCACGGAGUAGACUAGCUGCCAGGCAUGAAGUAGACUAGCAUGGCACUAGUAGUUGAUUACAAUCUUGAGAGAUGUAAUAACUUAAGUAAUAUUAGUAAAAGUUACUUAUAUUAAUUUACCCGUUUUAUGCCUU